CUAUGGUUUUUGACAAAAUGACGGACUCAAAAAAAUUAAAAGGUUUUUAGUUUUUUUUGCAAUAAAAGAUCAAUUUCGUUUUAUUCCAAAUAGUGAAAGUUACAGUAAAAUUUACUCCACCUACGAAUAAGUUCUUUGUAAAAAUAUUGCCGUGUGACAAAUUAAACAAAUGUCACUUUACAAAUUUUGAAAAUGAAGCCACAAAAAUAUCCUUAUCUCAUCGAUUACAAGUAAUCGAAGCAGUGAUUAGAUAAAUAUCUCAUUGGCAAACAAUUUCUGGAACUCGGAGGACAAUAUUUCGAUGUGCAAGCAGAGCAGGGUAAUGAAGCAGUAAAAGUGGGGCACGCGAUGUCUAGUUCGAACAGCAACGAUGGUGGCGAGGACGAGGAGGGCUUCCCGCUGCACGAGUGCGUGUUCCGCGGCGACGUGCGGCAGCUGUCGUCCCUGCUGCGGGCGCACGACGUGGCGCGGCGCGACAAGCACGGCAACACGGCGCUGCAUCUGGCGGUGAUGCUCGGCCGCAAGGAGUGCGCGCAGCUGCUGCUGGCGCACGGCGCGCCCGUCAAGGUGAAGAACCUGGCCGGCUGGUCGCCGCUCGCCGAGGCCAUCAGCUACGGCGACCGCCAGACCAUCUCCUCCCUCGUUCGCAAACUCAAGCAGCAGGCCCGCGAACAGAUGGAGGUCCGCCGACCCGACCUCAUCAGAGCACUCGGUCAGAUACAAAACUUCUACAUGGAGUUGAAGUGGGACUUUCACUCUUGGGUCCCUCUGGUUUCAAGAAUAUUACCGUCUGAUGUAUGCAAGAUCUACAAAUCUGGGUCGGGUAUAAGGUUGGACACCACCCUAGUUGAUUUUACUGAUAUGAAAUGGGAAAGAGGAGAUAUCUCUUUUAUUUUUCAAGGGGAUAAAUUACCAAGUGAUUCACUAACAGUUUUAGAUAAUAAAGCCAAAGUAUAUCAAAAAGUAAGAUAUGAGGAGACUGAAACGGAAAUUGAGGAUGAGGUGGACAUCCUCAUGUCAAGUGAUAUUCUUGCUGCCCAAAUGUCAACCAAAGGCAUUGCAUUCUCAAGAGCUCAGUCUGGAUGGAUAUUCCGUGAAGAUCGCAAGGAAACUGUUGCUGGCAUUUACAAAAGUGAUAUUUAUACAAUCACUGGCUUGGUGUUAGAGUCCAGAAAAAGAAGAGAACAUCUAUCAACAGAUGAUUUACAGAAAAACAAGGCUAUAAUUGAAAGCCUCACUAAAGGGAACACUCAAACCCUUGAUACUAAUGGAGAGCCUACCCGCCGUGCAUCCUUGAAUCCACCACCUGAUACUGGUGUCAACUGGGAAUCCUACAACCAGGCAGUACCUGGCCAGUACCCAGGGCUGGGCCGCGAGCUGGUUUAUAAGGAGUCCUCCCGGAACUUCCGAGCCACUAUUGCUAUGAGCGAUGAUUUUCCCCUCAGUGUAGACAUGCUGCUCAAUGUUCUUGAAGUGAUAGCUCCCUUCAAACACUUUGCAAAGCUAAGAGAAUUUGUUGCUAUGAAGUUGCCUAAAGGUUUCCCAGUGAAAAUUGAUAUACCAAUUCUACCAACAGUGACAGCAAAAAUUACUUUUCAGAAGUUUGAAUUCCGUGAUGACAUUGAAGCACACAUGUUUAACAUACCUGAUGACUAUGUGGAGGAUCCACUAAGGUUCCCUGACUUAUGACGCUUUGAUAUUCUAACACUGUUUGAAGUAAAUGAGAGGCCGACGUGGCAGUGGGAGGUGAGGCGCGCCCGCCGGCGCCUGACUCGGGCAGCGCGGGCGAGGGCGCCGCGGCCGCGCUGCCGCCCGCGCGGCCCCCAGACCUUCAGCAUAGAGUUCCCCAUACUGUUUGGUCUGGGAAGCUCCUACUCUAGCCACUGUGUCCUCUUUGUGGAAUAGCCAAUAUUUGUUUGACAAGUAGAAUUAUAAAUUCAUGGUGAAUGUGUGUGUAGUGUCUAGUACCCCUGACAGUGUUAGAAUGCAUGUAUGUUACAAAAUUGUAAUACCUCGUGAACACUUAAUUACUUACACUUAUUUAAUUUAUUAUACUUUUUAAUUUGAUGUUUAUUUUCAUAAUUAUAUUAUUCAUAAAUUUACCUCAGAAAAAAAAUUAUUUUACUUAUUUUUAUGAUUAAAGACAUUGAAAUGUGAUUGCAGUACCUUAUAAUGUUUGUAAAUAAUAGAGUAGUAAAUGCUCAUGACAACACUAUCAUUUAGUACCUAUAAAUUUUCCUGGUCAAAAAUUAAUUCAAUCAUUUUAUCAUUAAGAAUAUUUUAUAUGUUAAUUAUACAACUUACACAUACAUUAAUCUGAACACUCCCAUAUAAUUAUGUACCUAUUGCUCUACGAUCAUAAAUGCCAACGUCCUACUUUCUUGGCCUAGUUAGUACUCAAAUAAGCAAGUAUUGUACCUAUCAUAAGAUUCAUAAUUUAUAGAGUAUUUUCGCAUAAAAGGCAACAAUUCAAUUACCCAUCUGUAUUCACUUCUGCAGUAAUUGCAGGUCGAAUAAGCCUCAAAUGUCUCUUGUGCCUUCAGCAUUUCAUUCUUAGUAGAUUGUGACGUGAUAGAAAGUUAUGCACCUGAGUAGACAGAGUUUUGCACUUACUAUAAAUAAUGCAAAACCCUUCUGCAUACAUUUCUCUCUAAGUAUUUAAAAAAUGCGCGAAUAAAUGUAGGUGCAUUAUUACCUCAUGAAAUUGCGCCUACCUACAUAAACACUUACCUCUAAGCAUCACUUUUUAUACAAGAUAUACAUAGCUGCGAAAUGUUUACAAUACAAUAUAGACAUACCUAUAAUGGCAUCACUUUAAUUCGAAUUUUAUAAAUCCCAGUAGAAAAUUGUUUCAGUAACAUAUCGUUAGUCAACUUAGAAAUUAAAUUAUACACCUAUUUGAACAGCUUUUAUAGUGAGUACCGCGCAAUUAGUGAAAUUUUACAAUUAUGACUUUAUGUACUACUUUUAAGCAAAAAGAGAGCUAAAUUAAUUCGACAAUAACAGAUCCCACCUCAACAGAAUAUCUUUAUAAAAUAUCUUGCCAAUGUGUUUCACUGUUUAAUUUUGUGUAAGUGAGAAGUAUGUAUUUUAUGUAUUAAUUUUAAUAUAAAUUAUGAUAUGAGCAAAAUUCUGAGUUAUGUUGUAAUAAACUACUUAUAAAAAAGGGUGUUUCAUUUGAAUUAAAACCGAAUAUAAUAUUUAAUAUUUUUAUUCAUUUUAUUAGUAAGCACAAUCAGUCAAUUUAUUUGGCGAAGACAUGGUGAAAUAUUAUUUCUCAGUAUUACACCAUAUUUUUAGCUAUUACCUUGAUGCAAUAAAAACAAUUCAUCAUAGUUGCUAGCUUAUCAAUCAGGCACAUUAUUAUUACUGUAAUAAUAAUAAUUACAGAAACAAUCGAAGGCAGGUGCUCAUCAAUUACGGCAUAUACCUAUAUAUUUAUAUUUUUUCAUCUAGUGAAGUGAGAAUAGCUAUAAAAUUUAAUCUAGACCACAUUGUUGAGCACC